GAAUUUGUGUUGGAUCCCUUGGAACAGCGUCAUCUCGCCCAAGCGCGUCGGGGAGGAGAAUGCCAGCGGCAUUCCCUGCCUGUGGUUCCCGGCGCCCAAGGCUGCCACGGUGAUCCUCUUCUUUCAUGCCAAUGCGGAGGACCUGGGAAUGUCCUUCGCGGUGCUCCGCCACAUCAGGGAUCAGUUCAAGGUGAACGUCCUGGCCGUGGAGUACCCCGGCUAUGGGCUGCUUCACCACAUGGAGCCGUCAGAGGAUGCCGUUUACGAGGUCGCGCUGACCGCCUUCCGUUUUCUGGUGGACGAGAUCGGAGUGAGAUACUCCCAGAUCAUCCUGUUUGGGAGAUCCCUUGGCAGCGGACCAGCGGUCUUCCUGGCUGCCCAAUACCCGGUGGGAGGCCUGAUUUUGGUUUCGGCUUUCUCCUCCAUCAAGGCCGCGGUACAGAGUAUCGUGGGGCGUGUGGUCGCGUGGACCUUUGCGGAGCGCUUCCCCAACGGUCGGAUCAUCGCGAACGUGUCCUGCUCCACACUCUUCAUCCACGGGGAGUCCGACAGCUUGAUCCCAGCGGAGCAUUCGCUGCGGCUUUUCAAGCGCUGCCGUGCACGCAAGCUUUUAGUCACGCCGCCGAAGAUGGAGCACAAUUCGAAUCUCUUCGGUGAUGCAUCGUUCCUGGCAGUGCCAGCAAUCCACUUCUUCGGAUUCCCUGGCUACUACACAGCUUCCCCGCCUCGGUUGCAGGCACAUCUCUUUGAAGAUCCCGCCAAGAGAGCGCGGCUACUCAAAGAGAAGAACAAGCAGGAGCCCCUUUCCUCGCUCACAAAGCCUUCCUGGCUUUGUGACUGCUUGGCCAAGGGGGAUGCUCAACACCUGGAUGUGACCUUCUGCAGACAGGAAAAUUCUGUCGAGGAUAUCACCAUCCGCUUUCACGAGGCCUCCGCUCCGGGGGAUCCGAGUCAGAUCAAAGGAGACCUCGGGGACCUCCAGCCCUCGGAUGAGCCGCCGGCGAGCGAGAAGGCGCCGCUGAAGCCGCAAAGUCAUCCUGACAGUGCUGCAGACAAGGAGAACGACAAGGACGCCGCGCUCUUCCAACAGGAGCGACAGGAGAGGGAGGAGCGUGACGGCCUCGCUGAGUUGAAGGUGGCCGAGGACAUCCCCCUGGGCCCCGAGCCGCGCUCGCCGGCGCCGGAGGACGGGAGCAACGUCGUGAUGUCCUAUGCCACGUGA